CCGGUGUUGACGACGCAGUGCUCGCGCUCGACGUAAUUACUACGCGACGCUCCGCCGUCUCGCCUGCGUUUUGGAAAACCGCGCCGCCGAGGAGGCGAUAAGGUGUGCACCGCUCGCUCCCCGCGCGCGACCGCGCCGCUUUCCGAUCACAUAAAUGUGCACGGCGCGCGCCCGCCGCGCGCAAUCGGGCCUCGAAGUGACGAAAGUUUUAUUGGUGCGCGGAUUACCUAAUUGGCGGCACGGCGGCACUGCACCAGCGGGCUCAGCCUGCAGCAAGCAGCGCGUGAAGUGAACAGACACACAAACAACACCGCCGAUACACUCAACACACCACAACAACAGCGAGAGACGAAACAAACGGCACACACCGAAACAAAAAAAAUGACAAAGUGAAGCGGCCGCGGAGUUCGCGAGCGCGCAAGUGGAAAGUUUUCGGCGCUGCGGGAUUUUCGGGCCGCGCGCGCGUCGAAUGUGCGAUUAGUUUCGGCCCGGCGGAGUGUUCGGUGCCCGCGCCGUCGGCCAGUGUUUACACCUUCGCAUGCGUUCGCAUUCCCGUCCACGCGAGAGGAUUUAAAGCCCCGCGCGCGAGGAGAGCGCACGCACGAUCCAGCAGCGCGCGCGCGACGCGCACGCCAAAAAGCAAUGCCCGCAAUUUGUUUUUGCUUGCCACACUAAGCGAGCACGGACACCCGGACCCUCCAGCGGCCGCACGCCGCCCCCGCUGCGGCACCCGUCCGCGCGCCCAGCGGCCAACACGGCUACCCACGCCGCCGACUGGCCCCAGCGAGAGUUGAACAAUAACGAGUGCUGCGAGCCAGCGCCGUCGCCGCCGCACAGCAGGCGCAAGAUUUGCGCGCGGCACGCCGCCAAGGCAAAGCAUUUGCUGCACCACCACCACCACCUCUACGCGCACGGCGACGGCGGCCGCCUCUCGAAGGUGAGACGUCGCUGGACGGCGCGCGGCGGCGACAGCGGGCACGGCCUGUUCGGGCGCGCGCUGCACAAGGCCGGCGCAAAGGUCUCGAGGGUGGCAGUGACCCUGAAGCAGUGGUGGCGCGAUGCGGGGCUCUGCCCCGGCACGUCGUGCGCGCCGCUAGCCGGCCGCGCCGACGGCAUCGGCGGCGGCGGCGGCGGUCCAGGGUGCACGUGCGCGAGGCGCGUCGCGGCGAGGAGUGGACGCCAUCGACUCAUGGGCCAGUCCCUCAGCAUGUGUAAGCUACACCAAUGUCGACACAAGAAAAGCUUGCACUUGCGUAACACCGAGGAAUCUCGGAUGCCUAUUGAAGGACCCGGCUCCCAAACCGGACUACAUCGCGUUCAAAGGAAUUGCUAUGAUCCGGAGUAUGCUCGCAUGGAAUCAUGGCUGGAUGAGCAUCAGGAUUUCGUGCAAGACUACUUCAUAAGGAAGGCUACACGCCAGGUGGUGGACGCAUGGCUUGUUUCACACGCCACCCCAACAUCUUCGAGUACCGAACUCGUGUCGCCGACGCAUGCAUCGCGCGGCGGCUCCGGCGCCACCACGCCGGUGAGGAAGAUCUCCGCGCACGAGUUCGAGCGCGGCGGUCUGCUCAAGCCUAUGGUGAGCACGGUCGAUGGCCAGACUACGUUCCUCACCGGUACGGAUGGUCACACCGUGGUUGGCACCGGCCCCUCGCCGACACCCGGUCGUCGUCAACGUCGUUCACGCAACGAGCUGCGACAGCUCGACGAGAAGGAGCUUAUUUUCGAGCUGGUGAAGGACAUCUGUAAUGAAUUGGAUGUGCGCUCACUGUGCCACAAGAUUCUGCAGAAUGUCUCGAUGCUCUUGCAUGCCGACCGCGGCUCGCUGUUCCUGGUGGAAGGCGCCAGGGAGGAGGGCUAUGGGCCGAGUGCGCGCACGCUCGUGUCGAAGCUGUUUGACGUCUGCUCGAAGAGCACACUCAUGGAGAUGGAGAAGAAGGACGAGAUACGCAUACCGUGGGGCACGGGUAUCGUGGGCUACGUCGCGAAGAGCGGCGACCCGGUCAACAUUCCGGACGCCUACAAGGACGCGCGAUUCAAUCACGACAUUGAUGUGCGCACUGGAUACAGGACGCGGGCAUUACUCUGCAUGCCGAUUAAGGACAUCAACGGGGAUGUCAUUGGGGUCGCUCAGGUGAUUAACAAACGUGGCGACACUCCGUUUACCGAGCAGGAUGAGAAGGUAUUCUCGAGUUACCUGCAGUUCUGCGGUAUUGGACUGCGCAAUGCGCAUCUCUACGAGAAGUCGCAGUUGGAGAUCAAACGGAACCAGGUUCUGCUUGACCUGGCGCGUAUGAUCUUCGAGGAGCAGAGCACCAUUGAGCACGUGGUCUUCAGAAUUCUCACGCACACGCAGAGUCUGAUCCAGUGUCAACGGGUGCAGGUACUGCUGAUGCACCAGGCGUCCAAGGGGAGUUUUUCGCGUGUCUUUGAUUUCGAGGCGGCCGAUUUGAACGGUGAGGAGGGCGAGUCGCGCACCAGCCCGCACGAGAGCCGCUUUCCGGUCAACGUCGGCAUCACCGGCUAUGUAUCUACUACAGGGGAAACCGUAUCCAUUCCGCGUGCGUACGAAGACGCUCGUUUUGACCCUCGAGUCGACGAGGGUACCGGCUUCAAACAUAAGACCAUCCUUUGCAUGGCUAUCAAGAAUUCAUCAGGGCAGAUCAUCGGAGUCAUCCAAUUGGUGAAUAAAUUCGAUGACUUGCCGUUCACCAAGAACGACGAGAACUUUGUCGAGGCGUUUGCGAUCUUCUGCGGAAUGGGCAUCCACAACACGCACAUGUACGAGCGUGCGGUGGUCGCCAUCGCCAAGCAAAGCGUCACUCUCGAGGUGCUCUCAUACCAUGCGACCGCCAGUCUGGAGGACGCGCAGCGCCUACGCAAAUUACGCGUCGCUUCCGCCGCCCAUCUCCGCUUGCAUGACUUCAGCUUCGACGACAUUAACAUGGACGACGAUCAGACGAUCGCCGCCUGCAUGCGUAUGUUCCUCGAUCUGGACCUGGUCGAGCGUUUUCAUAUGGACUACGAGGUGCUGUGCCGCUGGCUGCUGUCAGUGAAAAAGAACUAUCGCAACGUGACGUACCACAACUGGCGGCAUGCCUUCAAUGUGGCGCAGAUGAUGUUUGCCAUUCUCACCGCCACCCAAUGGUGGAAGAUCUUCGGCGAGGUUGAGUGCCUUGCGUUGAUCAUCGGCUGUUUGUGCCACGAUUUGGAUCAUCGGGGUACAAAUAACUCGUUUCAAAUUAAGGCGUCGUCACCGCUGGCCCAACUGUACUCCACCUCUACAAUGGAGCACCACCAUUUCGAUCAGUGCGUGAUGAUCUUGAACUCGCCGGGGAAUCAAGUUCUUGCCAACGUCUCACCUGAUGAGUACUCGCGGGUGAUUCGUCUAGUCGAAGAAGCCAUCUUGUCUACGGAUCUGGCUGUUUACUUUAGAAAACGCGGCGCAUUCUUCAACACCAUAUCACAAGGACCAAAUUUCGAGUUGAAUGACCAGCGCGAAUUGCUGCGCGCCAUGUUGAUGACCGUGUGCGACCUGGCGGCAAUUACCAAGCCGUGGGACGUGGAGAAGCGGGUUGCCGAGCUUGUCUCGUCCGAGUUCUUCGAGCAGGGUGAUAUGGAGCGUGAAGAAUUCAACAUUACGCCAAUUGACUUAAUGAACAGGGAAAAAGAGGACCAAUUACCUUUAAUGCAGAUCGGCUUCAUUGACUCGAUCUGCUUACCGAUUUAUGAGGCAUUCGCUCGCCUCUCUGAGAAGCUGCAGUCACUGGUGGAGGGCGUGAACAAGAAUCGCGAAAUGUGGAUGGACAUUGCCGCGCAACAGCGUCUGCUGCCGGCGGAGGGCGUCGAGAAGGACUCGAACGACAAUGUGGCGGCGGGCAAGAGCGUCUAAUCGCGCUGCGCUGCGGCCGGAUGUAUUUAUACUGUUGUAGAUACCGAGGGGAUUAUUUAUUAAUGUACUAUACAUAUAUCAUUUACCUAUUUAACAAGAGAAACACUUGCAAGGAGCGUACGACUGCUGCAGACACGCGUCCGUCCGCCGAAUGCGGUGGUGACGCGCGUUUCGCGUCCGUGAGAUCGCGUUGGUUCUUAAUUAAUCGAUAACUUAUAUGAAUUACUUGCACUUCCUCUAGUGCCUAGUCCUAACACUUAAUAUGUGUGAGAUCAGUGAUGCAAGCCGCGAGGGUGAUGGGUGGAGCGGGCGUCGUUGUUUUCGAAGAGAGAUGCAAUUCUUACUAAACUGGCGGGCCGCCAACACAACAUGAGCAAGCAGGGCACCGUGCCACGAACCGAUUUUGAGUUUGUUUGAGUUUUUCAGUUAUUUCAGUUUUGCUCUCUUUGCUGUCUUUGUCGAUUUUUAUUAAUUGUGAUAUUUUUUAUUAUUUAGUUACAAAAUGCUAAAAAUUUGAAUUUUAUUAAUGAAAUCUAUACUACUCCAGUCGUGCAUUUGUGUGAGGCGAAAGGUGAAAAUGAAAUGCGCAAAUGCUCCUGAUUUCUAAUGCAGUGCCGUAUUUAAUUAUAUGGUCAUAAAUGA